AUGCGAUGCGCGAGCAAGGCCGCCGAGAGCGCGUCCGCACGUCUCUGUGCGGACGCCGAAGCAGAAACUACAGCAACUGAUGUCUCAUCAGUUGCUGAAGCGACCCAGCCUGUGUCACUUGGUGAUGCAGGCGCUGGUCAUGAAGACACUCGUGUCUUCACAGAGUACGAGCUCGGUGUCUCGUACUCUCCUGAUACGGAUGAAGGAACCGUAUCGACGGCGAUUGAAUCUAAGACGCCUGCCAAGCGUGGCAUGGAUGAUGCUACACGUCGUAGCAUCUUUGACUCGGGCGCUGGUUUCGGUUCUCCUGUUGACACCACUUCACAGCGAGGUGCCAGUACUUCUGUCGGCACGUCGCAGGAAGAGCAGGACCGCAAUGUGUUGCGUCUCGCUCGUGAGAAGAAGGCAUGGAUGCCUCCUAAAUCAGUCAUGGAUCACUUGUCGGCGACGACGAGUGAUCGUUAUCGAACACGAUUGUUCGAUUCGUCAAGGAUCCAUCACCUUGACCCCAGCGCGAAAAACUAUCGCGCUGAGAAUGAAUUCUUCAUCGAUGCUUUCUUUAGACAUCGAUGGUACAGUGGGAAUCACAAACGUGAUGGUCCCUCACUACUUCAGGCGUGGAACGCCUACAUCCAUAACCUCGAGGAUGUAGGUCGUGACGCUUGGAACGACAAACUUAUCAAAGCUCGUGAUAAGUUUGAAAAGCGAACCCCGACAGGUGCACGCUUCAAGCUGCAUCGUCUGUCAAGGGAGAAAGGAUUACCCUGCCUCUCUUUGGGAGACUCGUCCCCAUGUUGUGUGAACAACUCUGCACGAGCACCUAAGGAGGUUUACCUCCUUACCAGCCCGUGGUGGCGCGUACGUAUCUCUACUGAGAUGUACGAAGGGAUUGACAACCUGAAAUCCCUAUAUGACCGUGCCGGGAAGACUUUCUCCGGCGGUCUUUCUGCGGCACAGGAUGUGCCGCGUCGUACUGCUCAACCAGACCCAGUACGUCAACCAUCAGUUGGGAGCGAGGCUCCCAAGUAUCCCAGGACGGGGGAUAGCCGCGCCACCGGACGAGGUAACUCGUCCGACGUCCGUUCACGUCGCGGUGGUUCAACAGCUGCUCAACUAGAUAGCGCUGGCCACCGCGAGAGUCCUCUAAUGGAGGUGGAGGAGGAGGAAAGACGCUCUCCACACGAUCAUGUGGAUCGGUGUGUUCCUGAGAGCUUCUUUGAUCGCGUAACGCAAGGGUUACGCGACGAUCUCUAA